AUGAAGUCCACCUCAGCAUCUCUGUUUCUCUUGUUGCUGGUUAGCAGUCACUUUCCUGUCCAAGGUGUCCUGGAGGCCUAUAACACAAACCUGAAGUGUAGAUGUAUCCAAGAGACCUCAUCCUAUAUCGCCCCACGCAUCAUUGAACGCCUUCAAGUCUUGCCCCGUGGGAAUGGUUGUCCAAAAACAGAAAUCAUAAUCUGGAAGAAAAAUAAAUCCAUUGUAUGUGUGACACCUCAAGCCAAAUGGAUACAAAAAAUAAUUAAAAAUUUAAAAAAAAAUGUGUUUUCAACUCCACCGGUUCCAGUACUUAAGAGAAGAAUUGCCUGA